AGCCCGGGGCUCCGGGACAGCAACGGGGACAACUGAGACAACGGCCGCCACCCGCCGCCUGGAGGCGGCCGCCGCUUCACUCAGCGGGGCGGCCGCCGCCACGGCCGGGACUCGGGUAGCCCGACACCAGCAGGCCCGAGGCGCCGGUGCCCGGAGGAGGAGGCGGGGCGGACCCGGGAUCCCGCCGGCCGGCAGCCCCGGGGGAAGGAGCCCGCUCACCGCCGGGGCGGGAUGGAGCUGCGGAGCGAGCGGCUGCCCCGGGCCUGCAGCGCUCGGCCCGCCCGCGGGCCGCCAGGGGCUCUAUGAAGAAGCAUUAAUACAAUUUGAAAAAAUCAAGGAUACAGACUUUCAAGCAAUGUAUCAGCUCGGUGUAAUGCACUAUGAUGGACUAGGCACUAGAGAAAACCCUGAAAAGGGAGUGGAAUACAUGAAGAAAAUACUCUCUUCUGAUUCUCCGAAAGCAAGACACUUGAAGUUUGCAGCUGCAUACAAUCUUGGCAGAGCGUAUUAUGAAGGAUGUGGUGUUAGGCGGUCAACUGAGGAAGCUGAGAGGUUGUGGCUUAUUGCUGCAGACCAUGGGAAUCCAAAAGCAAGCGUAAAGGCCCAGAGCACUUUAGGACUGUUUUAUUGUGUGUCAGUUCCAAAAGAUCUGAAGAAGGCUUUUUUCUGGCAUUCAGAAGCAUGUGGCAAUGGAAAUCUGGAAUCACAGGGAGCACUUGGUGUUAUGUAUCUCCAUGGACAAGGUGUAAGUCAAAACACCAAAGCUGCUGUGGAGUGUUUGAGAGAAGCAGCAGAACGUGGAAACACCUAUGCUCAAGGCCAUCUUGUGGAAUAUUAUUACAAUAGAAAAUUUUACUCAACAGCUGUUGCAUUAGCCAAAAGGGCUACAGAAAACGACGACAUCGCUAUGCUGGCAAAGAUCACUGGUUGUCUUCCGACAUACGUAGCCAAGGGGGCUGCUAUGGCUGCUUUCUACCUGGCCAGGUGCCUCCAGCUUGGCCGUGGUACACAGCAAGAUCAAGCUGCUGCUGAAAAAUACUAUUCUAAGUGAAGCUGCUGAUACAAGAGGCCUGGCAGAGCAGGUGAUCCUCUGAACGCGAACACUGCAAACAUUUUGUUCUCCUGCUGUGACAAGUGUUCUAGAGGACAGGAUGAGGAAGAGACCACAAAAGGAACACAGGCUGGGGUGUUCCGAACACUGUUGCCAGCACUCCAAGAUAAGUCUUUGGGAAUGGAGGGGCCCACCAGGCUUGUGCUGCUGCAUGGCUUUGUGGGAGUACAGCCCUCCCCAUCAUGUCUAGUGUAAACACUACAGCUGAAAGAAUAUUACAGCUUUCACUCAUCAUUCACUAGCGGUACAUCUGAGACCGGUCUAGGAUUGUCACUAGCUUCUUAAUACAAAGAGAGACGAUUUCCGUUGACUGGAGCCAUGCACCUCUCCAUCAGCAACAAAAGCGAAGGGAUAGAAAAAUACAUUAAGCUACCUGACACACAGUAACUGUAAAACAAGUAAAAGACAAAAGCUGUGGGUGUGUUAGGUUUCUUUUGUAUCUGGAAACAAACUCUCAUGUUAACUGUACAAUUAUGUACACUUAAAUGCAAAUCAUGUUCGCUUUUUUUAAUGAACUGCUCAGCUGCAUGGUUGGCCUACCGUUCUUAGACCCAGUCAGUUUUGAAAGAGGCGAGAACGAGAAGAUGGGUGUCCCAGAGGGUAUUGAGGUAGAUGAUGGAAGUGAAUGAAAACCACCCAAUCUGCACACAAAUUCAUGUCUCUGACUGUGGUACCAGCACAUGCCACACCCAUAAACAGAAUAAAAAAAUAAAACCAAGCCUAACACUACAGUCAAGUAUGCUCAUUUUAAAUACUGCGUUUUUCUUACGUGGCAUCAGAAACGGAUUUAAAGCUGAAUAUAUUAAGUCUUUAAUAUUUUAACAAGUCAAUUAUCUGAGAUACUGCCAACAAAACUUAAAGAGCUUAUUAAUGUUAUAUUGACAACAUACAAUUUUAUUUUAGCUGUAAACCAUUAAUAUGAAUAGAACCCCCUAUUCUUUGUUUUCAAAGGCAUGCCUUCUGGAUCCUGGUGUUGCUUCUGACCUUCAACUGGCAGCUAAUCUUGGAAGAAUUUAGUGUUUCCUUGAACUGCAGUAUAUAAAUGCAUUUCCAACAAUAAACCAUCUUUAAUCUCCA